GACUUAGAUGUACUUCUCUAUCUUAGUUCCUAGCAUUAUCAGACAAAAGCCUGUUCCAGAUGUUCGUGUCCACUAGGAAGUUGAAAUCAGUAAUUUUGAAUAAACUAAGACUAAGGCGCUUCAUUAUAUACCCUUAGGAGAGAUUGCUGCGAGCUCAGUGGGGAACCUCAUUACUGCAGUCCCCGUUAGCAUGGAUCGUCACUGACCAGAUCAUCGCGACCUUAGUAACCACAUUCGCGGAGCAUCGCUUAGCUCGCGGUUUUCGUCAAGUCUCCACUUACCCGUGCAUGGCCGCCGCGCCAACCGGCGGAACCGGCGGACCCGCAGAGGCCAUCCAAUACGAUGCGAGCACGGGAAUCUAUACCGUCAAGAAUAAGCCGUGGCCAGUGGGAUCUCGUUACAAGGUGCAGUGUCUGAUUGGUUCUGGCUCCUAUGGAGAUGUCUGCAAGGCUACUGACAAUGAAACGGGCGAAACCGUUGCCCUCAAGCGCAUUGCCGAUGUGCUCUGCUGCCCCAUGCUGGCAAAGAGAGUGCUCCGAGAGGUCUGCAUCAUGCGCCGCCUCUCACACCCCUACGUCAUCCGAUUGGCAGACGUGUUCACUCGCAAGUCCACUGAGGUGGAUGGGGGCUUCGACCUCUACAUCGCCACGGAGUAUGCAUCGGGUGGUGAUCUGUAUCGCUUCAAGCAACCGCUAACGCCAGAGGAUGUGAGGCGCCUCAUAUGGCAGCUGCUGGUGGCCACGCGGUACCUGCACUCCUGCCACGUGUGGCACAGAGACAUCAAGUCAGAGAACACCCUCCUCCACGCCAACACCACACUCAAACUCUGCGACUUUGGCCUCUCUAGGUCCGCUCUUGGGUCGCAGUCAGGGCAACCAAUGCAACCCCGAGUGGCUCCGGAUGAGAAAGGAACAGCAGCAGGGGGUGGCAAGCAGCACAUGUUGCAGCGGCAGUUCACCAAGAUGGUGGUCACUCCCAGCUACAGGGCGCCCGAGGUGGUCAUGUCCCGCGGCCAGUACACGUCGGCUAUAGACAUCUGGUCGCUCGGCUGCAUAUUCUGGGAGCUCCUAAUGCGAGCCAUGCGCCCCCAUCGUCCUGGGCCUCCGUCACGACCACUCUUCGGCAUCAGGGGCGAGCCUGUCACACCGGAGCGAGGGGAGAAGUACGUGGACGACAACGAGUCACCCCUGGCGGACCAACUCGACGUGAUAUUCGACGUGAUCGGCACCCCCUGCUGGAAGGACAUCGAGAGUGUCCCCAGUGACGCCUGGCGGGCUUACCUCAAGAGGCUGCCAGGGCGGGCUGGCAAUCUGGCCACUCAGAUGGCGCCAUGUGGCGACCCCGAGGCUGCCGACCUGCUCCAUCGCAUGCUGGCCUUCGACCCGUCUAGAAGAUGCACUGCCGAAGAAGCACUUGCACACACUUAUUUCCGCGGUCUUGAGAAGCCCAUGGAGCUGCCACCAAUGGAAGCAGAGGAAACGCCUGUGUCGCUGCCUCAAGACCACCACUUCUGGCAGAUCACCGAUCCUGCCAUUGCGCUGGGAUUGCUGGAGAGGGAGCUGGAGCAGUCAGCGUACGAGCCGGACGGUGGAAAGAGGAAGCUUGAGUGGCUGCUUGAAAGGGAAGCAGAGGGGCAGCAGGUCCAGAACUUUAUCCGCAAUUCCAUGCUGCGGACACUGCUAGGCCCCCAGGCCCUGGCCAAUCGGCUCGCGACGUCCGUUGGCGCUAGAAUGGGCCGUGGCCAGCAGCAGCAACAGUUGCAACAGCAGCAGCAGCAGCAGCAACAACAACAGUCGCAGCAGCAGCCACAGCAGCAGCUGCAACUGCAGGGACAGCAGCAGCAGCAGCAGCAGCAGCAGCAGCAGCGCAUGGUGCAGGGUCAACAGCAGCAGCAGGAGCAGCAGCAGAUAGCUGCAGGCUCCAAUCAGGCAGGUGUAGGUGGGGGGAGUUUGACUGGAGCGGUGGGGUUGGAAGCAGCAGGAGGGGCAGCAAAAAUGCAGCAGCAACAGGAUCAGCAGCAGCAGCUGUUGCUACUUCUGCUACAGCAGCAGCAACAGCAACAGCAACAGCAACAGCAGCAGCAGAAGCUGCAGCAAGAGCAACGGCAGCAGCAGCAGCAGUUACUACUACAGCAGAUGCACAGACCAAUCGGCGCUUCAGCUGCAGCAGCAGCACCUGAACCAGCUACAACAGCACCACAACCCAACCUAGUCACAGCCACUACAGCUGCUACAGCUGCUACAGCCAUGCCUGUAGCAGCCAAUUCCGUCGACCUAAUAGCCAAGGUGCAGCGGCAAGCCCUAAGGCUCCUUUCUUCCUCAGACCCCUCUCUAAUUCCCUCCCUGCUCUCUUCCUCUUCCUCCUCUGCUCCUCCCUCCCGUCUCUCCUCCUCUCUCACUGCUGCCCUUAGCAGAAAGGCUAGAUUGGCUUCAGCAGGUGGAGCUGCUGCUGCUGCUGCUGCCAAUGCUUAUGCUUCUACUGCUGCUGCCGCUACCAAUGCUGCUGGUGCUGCUGCUUCAGAAUCGGCUUCUGCUGCUGCUGCGCCUGCUGUCAGUGCCCUUGUGGACACUGCCACAGCAAGUGGCACUGUGGCAAAUGCUGGAGGUGCACCAAACCCGGCAACGUCUCAAGCCAUGUCUGCUCUCCUGGAUGCUUAUGUGAGGCAGAAACAGCAGUUGCAGCAGCAGCAGCAGCAGCAGCAACAGCAACAACAGCAGCAACAGCACCGGAAUCAGCAGCAGCAGCAACAGCAGCACCAGCUGCAGGUGCAGGACCCGAGACGGCGGCAGCAGCAGCAGCGGCAGGCAGAAACAGCAGCACUAGAUCUUGGCUUGGCAGCGGCAGCAACUGCUGCGGCUGCUGCUGCUGCUCCAGCAACACCAGCCAAAGUGCAGGGCGUGAUGGAAGUUCAAGGACCGAACGGAAACGAUGAGUCGCGGGAUUCAGAUGGAGCAAGUCUGCUGCAUCUGUUCAGAAGCAGAGUGGAUGCAGUUUCUACUGCUGCAGCAGGUGCAGGAACGGCAGGCGCAGGUGGCCCGCCUGAUGUAGGAUUUGCUGGCUCAGGUGCUGGCUCAGGUGCUGGUUCAGGUGCUGGUUCAGGUGGUUUCGCUGCUGGACUUGCUGAGGUCAUGGUGCCUCCUCGCACCAUGAUGAGGCUGCAGCAGCAAGGGGAGCAGCACUUACAGCAGCAGAUGCAGCAGCAGAUACAACAGUUUCAGCAGCGGCAGCAGACCCACCAGCAAGGCUUUUUUCACAGGGAGAUUUCCCCCUUACAAGACCGAACGGCAGGCGUUUCGUCUGAAUCUAGCCCCUCUUCUUUAGGAUCGAGAAGAGGCGGGCGGAUGGAUAUCAUGGCCUCUGUGGCUGCCGCUGCGGUUCGGGCGGUCGAUUCCGAAGCUGCUGCCCGAUCCACGCCAGAAGGCACUGCUUCGGACGGAGGCACGGUUGGAGGCGCGGAGGAUAGAGAUGCCUCUGGCUCAGAUGGGGCUAGUUUGAGCCUUUUCCGUGGAAGGGUUCGUUCGCGUUCUCCGUUGGGGAGUGAAGUGGAGUUGCCACACGCAAAAAGGAUAACAAGAAGUAGCAUUAGUGGAGACGAUCUGAUGUGAGGCAUGAAAACAAAAGGGGGGUACAUGCGAUGAGACAUGAGAACUGGGCUUUGCUCUGGUACUGAUCCCGAUUCCAACCAAAAGUUGUGCUUUGGUCCAGAGUGAUGCUAAGAGUUUCACGCACAGAUGCAUGCCAAGCCAACAUGUUACAUAUAUACUGUCAACAUGGGUGGUACUCAUGAUGAGCCUUUAUGGCCCA